ACAGUUUAAUAUUUAUAUUUGUGUUUUUAAGUUUUUGCUUCAAUUUGUAAGAGAUGUCGAAACUAAGGAUAUGUGUGAUAGGUGCCGGACCGUCUGGUUUGUCAACUCUGUUUCAUUUCGCUAAAAUGGAGGAGAUGCCGGAAAUUGUUUGCUACGAGAAACAGCGCACAUGGAUGGGUUUAUGGAACGUUUCUUGGAAAACAGGUCUGGACGAGAACGGAGAACCUAUUCAUUCAAGUCAAUACCAUCAUAUGUGGUGUAAUGGUCCAUAUGAGGCAUAUCAGUACCCAGAUUAUCCGUUCGAGCAGCACUUUGGUCAACAAACCCCGUCAUUUCCACCCGGUGCCGCGAUGAAAGACUAUCUCGAAGGUCGUUUUAAUAAAGCGGUUGCACAUGGAAGAAACCUUAGAGACUAUAUACACUUUAAUACUGCUGUCCGAUAUGUAAAAUACAAUGACGACAAAGAUAACUUUACCGUCAUUGUCAACGAUUAUAACACAGGCAAGACACUAGAAGAAACAUUUACACAUAUAAUUGUGGCUUCCGGAAUCUUUGGUUUUCCUAAUCUGCCGGAAUUUCCUGGAAUGGAACAGUUUAAUGGUCGUAUUUUACAUUCACACGACUUUCGAAAUCCAAGGGAAUUUUCUGGACAAAGGGUGCUGUUGAUCGGAGCUGGGUAUACCGGCGAAGAUAUUGUUCUACAAUGCUUGAAAUUUGGCGCGAAGCAUGUGACUAUGGCAUACAGAACAAGGGCAAAAGGAGACACCUGCAUUAUGCCAGAGGGUGUAGAAGAAAGACCAAUGGUUGAACGCUUUGAUUCGAAUAAAGCAUACUUCAAAGAUGGGACCUCUGCUGAAAUUGACUAUGUAAUAUUAACUACAGGGUACAGGAAUUAUUUUCCUUUCCUGGAAGACAGAUUUAGAAUACCGGAGGAGACACACCUUUAUCCUGAAGGGCUGUACAAAGCAACAUUGUUUUAUAAGGAGGGAAACAAUCGUUUGUUUUAUAUAGGUGCUCUUGAACAGUUCAACACAAUUAUAUAUUUCGAAGUUAUGGCAAGCUGGACUAGCAGAUACAUUAUGGGUCAAUUGGAAGAUGAACCAAAGGAAAAGAAAGAGAUGCAAGCCGAUAGUCAACAAUGGAUUAAACGGGCAAAUGCCUGCACUUCCGAAUCACAAGUGAUUCAUUUCCAAACUGAAUUAAUAGCACACCUGGGUGAAUUAUCAGGAUACCAUAGUAAUAUUGAGAAAAAUGAAGAAGUUCUCAAUAAGAUGGUCAAAGACAGAAAGGAGUUUGGACUUGCAAAAUACAGGGAUCAAUGUCAUGCAAGCACACAUACUGGUACAAUAGACCCGAAACAAAAUACUCCAUUUAUGCUAAACUAUGACGAUAGCAUUGAGGCAUUUUUGAAAUGCAAAUAGAACAAAUAACUAAAAAUGUGAUAUUCACGCUUAUUUACUUCUGUCCUACAUAAUUUUGAAGGGAAAAAAUAUUGGGUCAAACUUUUAGUUAUUUUAUUAUACUCUUUAUGUAUUCGGAGCACGUAAGUAUAUACAUGCAUUUUCAGUGUCAAAUCUAUAUCUUGAUGUAUAAAUUUAAUUAUCACAUUAUAGUAGUGAAUAAAGAAAGAGUACAAAGACAUAUGACGGAAAUUGAAACAAUACUGUUUGUCCCUUUAACAUAUAUAGAAACAAAGGACCAACUGGAAGGCGCUGGACAGAAUAGAACGGGGCACGAUAUAAAGAGGCAAAUUACAGGAUACUAAUUCAUCCAAAGUUAACAGUUAUUGCACCCGUUUGUCUUUAAACUCGUAUGAAAAUAUUGUUUACAUUAAAUCUUUCAAUCAAUUAAUGUGGAGGAGGUCAUGAAAACUCACCCGAUCAAUCAAAGAAUAUAAUUAUAUAGCAAACAGAAUGAUAAGCGUUUUGAUGGAGACGGGCAUAAUAACUAAGUGCAAUGACUUUGAAACAUUUAUCAUUUUGCUGAAGAAGCCUUUAUUGUUAUAAUUUUUAAGCCAUUCUUAUUUAGUGCUCGCCAUUUUUUAAGCCAAUCACCGACGAGGAUUUUUCAAAUUUUCAAGUUACAAAUCUUAAUAGAACAGCUUUUAUAUAAACUGGACGUUUUAUAUUAUAAAACGCAAGUGGGCGGAUCACUAAGCCGGUUUGAGUGCAUAUUGGAUGUUCUUCGUAAAUAAGAAAGCUACAGUCACUUCGCAAGCUCCGCUCCUUUUUAGCUUUCUUAUUUACGAAGACAUCCAAUAUGCACUCUAACCUAUACUUGUUUUGAUUAGCUGUGACGUAUUUAUUAAAGAGAAUUCGUAUUUAUAUGCGAAGCCUACUAAUACUUAAUCCGUUUUGCAAGAUUCAUACAUUCAAGCAACCACGAAACUGUCCUAUAUUUAAGUACAAACAAGUCAGUCACAAACAAACCCACAAAAAAAACACACAAAAAAAACAACAACAACAAACCAACAAAAACAAAACAAGCAUUCUUAACUUUUUUGUUCUUUGUCUUAGCCAUUGUAAUAUUAUGUCAUUUCAUAUUUUCAAGUUGUACAUAAAAUGCAUAACCUAUUUCUGUCUUGUU